GUAACUAUUGUCCAGUUUACAAGAAAAUCGGAUUAGAACCCAUGUUUUUGUUGCCUGAAAAAUACAUCUCUGCUGAAAGCUGAGAAGUCUUUGAUGGCGACAGAAGAGUUGGGGGGCGAUGAAUAUACCCUCGACCACACUAAGCUCAUCAGCGCCCCAGCCUUGGACGCGCUGCUGCUGGAGUGGGGCCAGAGUCUGCAUCAGGCGGGCGCCGCGCCGCCGGACGCCGAGCUCGCCCACUUCGGCGUGUUCGGGGCCCCGGCUACAGGCCACCUGCUGCUCCUCUUCUGUCGUCGGCUCUCGCAGCCCUCGCCGGUCUUCUUCCGCGCGCUGCAGCUGUUCGAACGAUUUAUGCAGGCGCACAUGAUGGAGAUGUCCCAGUACAUAACCACAAAGGUGGAGCGAGCAAACAGGGAUAAGGAGUGGAAGAGCUUGCUGGAGCGAAUACACAGUCAGGCCAUUCUCAGAAUGUUGUCCUGCGUCCAGAUCUCUUCAAAACUUUCUCUGCAUUACAAGAUUGUCACGACGAAGCGUGUGAAGGGCCUGCUUCGGGAGGCGAAGCACUGCUACAGCCUGGAGAGCGUCGUUAACUCAGAGGUCAGGGUUCUCAAGACCCUGAAAUUUCAGGUAAGCUCGCCGACCUGCCUGGACACGCUGGAGACGCUGCUGGCCGUGGUGACGCGCCGGCGCCCGGACCUGCUGGAGCCGCUGAGCCCGGCACUGCCGUCGGCGGCCAUCCCAGCCGGCGACCUGCUGGAGCUGGCCGAGCUGCUGCUGCGAGACCUGCUGCCUGGCAUGGAGACCGACUGA